ACAACGCUUCGCAGCAGUAGCAGCACGCGCUUCACGGCAGCGGAGCAGCACACGUGUGUGUGGUCGGACGUUCAUGUUUUAAUUAACAGAUAGGAUGCAGGUGUGCGUUUCCAGCGAGCACGUUUUAACCCGGCUUUGAACGCGCCCUCGGCCGUUCAUCGUGACUCUUAUUAGCUUCUCCAAGACGACUUGUCAGGUGCAAGAUGUUCGUGUGGUUUUGUGUUGUCGCGUGUGCUUCGGCCGCUUCCCUGGUAAGCGGCGAGAAAGUGAAGACUGGUCAGCCACACAAAGUCCCGGUAAACGGCACCAAGGUUUUGAGGGCGGCCCACUUUGCUGUGGUUGAAUUCAACAGGGCCAAUGCAGAAGAGCAGUUUGCUUACAAAACUGUGAACAUCACGUCGGCGAAGAUUCAGAUCGUCGCAGGUAUAAACUACAUCAUGGAAAUGCUGCUGGGACGUACGAUGUGCAAGAGGAUCUACACUGCUGACGGUGAACCAUGUGUUUUCCACUCUGAGCCCAAGGAACUUCAGUGCCGCUUCAUCGUAACAGAAAUCCCCUGGGAGGGUUCUUGUGUACUUACUUUAAAUAAGUGUCAUCCAUCUAAUCAUUGACAGCUAUUCUGAUUGCUG